AUGACCCACUGCCAUAGCACCACCACAACAUGCUUGCCUCAGAACCAUGUUGCACUGUUCAUACUUGGAGAUUCACUCUUUGAUAAUGGAAACAACAACUACAUCAACACCACCACCGAUUACCAAGCAAACUAUGCUCCCUACGGAGAAACUUUCUUCAAAUACCCCUCUGGCAGGUUUUCUGAUGGACGCAUGAUACCAGAUGUCGUUGCUGAACUUGCCAAGUUGCCAAUACUUCCACCAUACCUGCAUCCGGGUCGAGUAGAACAUGUCUAUGGAGUCAAUUUUGCUUCAGGAGGUGCAGGUGCUCUGCGUGAAACUUCUCAAGGAUUUGUUGUAGACCUGAAAACUCAGGCCAGUUAUUUAAAAAAUGUAAAGAAUUCAUUUGUUCAGAGAUUGGGACAGAAAACAGCAGAGGAAAUUAUGUCAAAAUCUGUGUACUUCUUUAGCAUUGGAUCGAAUGACUAUGGUUCUCUUCUCCACCCAAACUCAAAUCCUGUGAUUCUUCCCGUUGAUCAUCAACCAUUUGUAGAUACUGUCAUUGGAAACCUCACAGACGUCCUCAGAGAAAUUUAUAAUCUUGGAGGAAGGAAAUUUGGAUUUGUUAACGUGGGUCCAAUAGGAUGUCUCCCUGCCAUAAGGGUUUUGGUCAAUAAUGGAAGCACGUGCCUUGAAGAAUUUUCAGCCAUAGGAAGACUGCACAACAUUGCACUUUCAAAAAGGCUUCAAGAGCUAGAGAAACAGCUCAAGGGAUUUAAAUACUCAAUCAAUGAUUUUUAUGGAGCAUUAUCUGAAGUGCUGAACUAUCCUACAAAAUAUGGUUUCAAAGAAUCGAGUAAGUCAUGUUGUGGAGGUGGACCAUAUAGAGGAGAUGGUAGUUGUGGAGGGAACAAAGGGAUCAAAGAAUACGAGUUAUGUGACAAUCCCAAUAAAUAUUUGUUCUUCGAUUCUAAUCAUCUUACUGAUAGAGCUAGCCAGCAUUUCGCCCAGUUGGCAUGGAAUGGAAAUCGCACUGUUGCAAGUCCUUACAAUCUGAAACAACUCUUUGAAUUUUGA